CGUCCUGCACCUGACACGGGUCCACAGUUAUCUAAACCCCUAAUAGCCAAGGAGCACGGGGACGCACAUGCUGGGGUCAAGGCGGUCAAAAAGUACGAAGUUGUCGACACGGUGCACGUCCCGGAAGAUAUCCACGAGUACCCGCCUCCUUACAUCCCACAGGCGUGCCGCGGGGAGGUGUUCAACCGCACCGCGAAUGGUGCCAUACAGGACCACAUUAACAAGAUGCCGCCCAACACCAACCGGACGUACGACUCGCUGCUGAAGUACCUGGCACAGGGAGCGACCAACGAAACGCAGCUAGUCACAGCGAUCUAUUUCUGGAUGCGGCUGCAGGAUUACGCGAGCCCCUCCCUGGACCCCGAGAAGGCGGACGACACCCCCCGAGGCUACAUGAAGAGGAUCAAGGAGGACAAGGGAGACCGCACGGACUUCUUCACCAUACUCUGCAGGCGAGCCGGGAUCCCGUGCAGGAUCAUUUCCGGUAUCGGUAAAGACGAUGACUACAGCAUUGGAGGGCCGGAAAGGGACAUGACCACGCGAUGGUGCGCCGUGUUCGCAGACGACGAGUGGAGACUCGUGCACGUGGAGUGGGCGCUCAGGUGGUCACGUGACCCUAAUCAGAACGUGACACAGUCAAGGAUCUGGGAGUUUUAUUUCUUCACGGAUCCAGACGAGUUUUCGACAAUAUGUCUACCAGACGACUUCCGGUGGCAGCUGCUGAACCAGGCGUACUCUCGGAAGGAAUUCCUGAACCUGCCGCACUUCCGGCCUCCCUUUUUCCAGCUCGACUCGACAUUGCUGAGCCCCAAGGCAGGGUCGGUUGUAACCCACAAUGGACGCCAGGAUGUCGAACUGGGCUUCCCAAAACACCGAAUGGAGACAAUACAACUGGGGUUCAAGCUCGAUUACAAGCAGCCGACUAAUAAAGAGACUCAAGAGGGCAGCACUUUUCCCAGUAACCUUAAGAAAUAUGUGUUUGUGAAUAAAAAACCGAGCCGAUUUUUGUUCGAGUUAGUGUUUCCGGUGCCUGGUCGGUAUUUAUUUGAUGUGUACGUCGUAAUGGACGAUGAUGAGAAGACGACAACCGGAAGUACAAACGAGUCUGAAGCGGUCCAUAGACUUUGUCAGAUCCGGAUACACUCAGAUCGAGAAUUUACGGAGGAAACGUUACCGGAGCCCCUACCGGAUACGCCUGCAGUCGGUUGGGGCCCGGGACCCGCAUGUCGACGCCUCGGUCUUGUGCCUCUUUCCGAUUUCGAGGGCGUCAUCUACAUAAAGCCGGGUGAGCGCCGCGACAUACGGUUCCGGAUGUUACGCAACAUCGAUGUCCAAUCGCAGCUCAUGCACAACUACCUGCCGAUAUACGAGCUCGUGGAACAGGUGGAAAGCAUCGUGACGGAAGACGAGCUGUGUUUGCGCACGCAGAUACCGGAAGAGGGUCAGUACGCCCUAAAGGUGUUCAGUCGAGAGGCAGGAAGUAAGGAGUUCCACCUUGCCUGUGUGUACCUGUUGCGCCAGAGAGAGCGAACGCGACUUCCGGAGAAACAUCGCGACAAGAUGCUGCGCACGCGCCUACAGCACCACAUCUCGAGCAACACGAGUCAGCGAGAGUUAGAGGACGCGCUCGAGAUGUUCACGUGCUACAACGUGCCCGACCAGGGCGAGCGGAAACGCGCGGCGCUCAAACUUAAACACUACUGGGACGUCAAAAGAGAGCUACACGUGGCUGUAAAGGGCCGCAAUGUGCGCGUGCUGGGCCGGGCCCUGGAACGAGCCCACCAAUCCAUGUUCGAGGCCGAGUUGCAGGAGGACAUACAUAGGACCGCGGCUAUGCUGGAGUCGCUAGAAAAAAGAAAGGGUUAUAUGCAUCCUAUAGCGCGGAUGGACCCGCAAACCAUGCUGGAGAUACGUAACUUCACCCGACCACCCCGCAUCGUGCAUGACGUCAUGAUGUCAACGUACCUUCUUCUAGGGGAGCAAAGAGAGGACGUGCAGGACUGGGAGCAGAUCCAGUGGCUGAUGGGAAGGCAAGGCGCCAUGAGUCUCCAGAAGAGGAUCCUCUGUCGGCGACCGGAAGACGUGACCCUCGUCCUGGCUGAAGAUGCCAGCGCCGUCAUGGAUCACUACAGCUUAGAGAAAACAAGAGAAGUGGCAAACGGAAUAAGCGCAUUCUACAAAUGGAACAAACAAUUCAUUCGAGAAGUUCAAAGGAAGGAGAUGAGCGAAAAAGAAAUGCAGGAAAACUCGCAGGAACUCACGCAAGAACUAUCGGACCAUGACACAUACAAGGAUGCCGAUACGACUAUUCCUGGUUCUCGGGCCACGAAUGAUUGGAAGCCAAUUGUUGUAGUUGGCAGGGGACCAUCUCCAGGAAGUAAGGCGCAUAUUGUGAAACCAGAAAUGGAAAGCAACGCAGAGAAUAAGGACAGCGAGCAAACAGUGACCAUAACAACUGAUCUUACAGAACCAAAUGAUGAACAAAAUUCUCAUCCUUUUGGUGUAAACAGUGAUACCAGUAAAGUACCAGAAAUCGCACAGAAGAAGUUUAUAUUCAGCGCAAUGAAGCCGAAAGUGUCUCCGUCGCCCUCGCCGGUGUCUUACGCUGGUUGGAAACCAGAAAAUAUAGGAACCUAAACAAAUGUAACAGAUAUAUUUGGCAGCAACGCCAUCUAUCUUGUUCUUUACAGCUUAAGAUGCUAUUGCACCUGUAUAUCAAUUGUAUUUCAAUUUUGCAUGACAUGUCUUUAAAAUUAAUUGAUAUUUUAACUUUCAUUUAGUUGUCCUUGCUACAUCACUGACACAACUUUAAUGUAAUUCAGAAUAACUUAAAUUCAAUCAAAUUAUGCAUGUUUGUAUUCAUUUACAGAAGCGAUGCACAUUAAUGUUGGGUAUAUUUAUUAGCAAUGUUUCACCAAAAAAAAGAUUAGAAAUACAUGUAUAUAUUAUCGUUCAUUGUAAGUUGUGGAUGCCAUAUCAUAUAUGUACAAUGCAAUUGACCAGUCGCCAAAUUAUCGAUCGCUCCGCCCACAUAGUCACGUGGUCUAGUGAUUAGAAAACUCCGACAAGCAGAUCGCAAUUAUAGCGGAUUACGUGAGGGAAAUUCUAUAUUUGUAAUGAUGUAUUAUGCUCUUUUCUAUAAAAUAAAUUAUUAAAGCCGCACACUAAACUAAACUGCUUUGUAAAACGUUAAUACAAUCAUAAAACUUUAGAGAGAAAUGGCGUAAUCAAAAUAAAUGAGUUAACGGCAGACUGACUAUCAGAAACGUUUCUUAUACAUAUUAUAUAGGGAGGUGAUGAAAAAUCCGUUGUAAAAAUGAGCAUUUAUUUCAUUUUGAUUUUGAACUUGUAUUCAACCGUCUGACAGUGAACCCGGUGGCUAUUCAUAUAUAAUUUUGAAAAUAUUUUUAUUAAAUUCAAAUGACAUAUCCAUAUCAUGAUGGGUUUUUUGUUUAUUAAAAAUGUUUAGAUCUUUGUUUUAUUGUGUUAUUUUUAAAAAGACGCCGAUUUGUUUUAUUUAGAUAUAAAUUAAAUUUUUGUUGUAACCAUAAUUUAAUACAGGCCUGAUUUCGUGGUUUCAUUAACAGAUAGUCUAAUAUGCAUUUUAUUACAUUUAUGUUUAAUGCGAACCUGUUACAUUUCACUAUCAAAAAAUGAAAUGUUGGUAUUACGGUGCUGUUCACGAACAUUCGAAUUGAAUAAAUUUAGCAUAUUAUGCAUUUGCUUAUUUAUAACAAGAUGGCCCUUAUAUGUUAAUUGCAAUUUUCACAUUUCUCCCCGUAUCAAUAUAUCUUGUAUUAGAAAUGUUGUUGUUGUAAUACUAGUAUAAGCCUUACAUUUUACACUUGAAGUCGCUUUAAGCUGGCUAAGCCGCGUUGAAAUCACCUUUUUGUUGUUUUUACUUUAGUUAAAACAAUAUUUAAGUUAACAAUUUUUAAUGAUUUCCCUUGUUUAUGAUCCACAGAAAAUAAAUAUAUAAUUGGAAAUCAUUUAAGUAAUUAAAUAGUUUUCUUUUCUUGUGUACAGUACCUAACAAUGCCUUAAUGUUCCUUCAUUCUAUGAUCCACGCAACAUACUGUUAUUUAUUAAUCAUCGACAAUAACGCUGAGAUUAAUAAGCACGUGUGGCAAUUAUUAUGUUGCCCAAACUGCUUAAUACUAUUGUGCAUCAAACGGUAUAACACGUUUUAUAGAACACACACCUGGUGUGGUUAAACUAUUUAUUGUGUUUGUUUUCUCAUUACUCGUUCAUAUGUUCAAGAAAUAAAGAUAAAAUAAUAACCUUUUAUAAAGUAUUUAUAGCACCUACAAUUUUGAAAAAUGAUCGAACAGUAAUGAUCAUGCAUUUGAUAUAAAAUCUGUGUAAACUCUUAAAAAUUACGUCCAUUCCAUAUGUACAACACGCUUUGUUUGUCGGACAAAAUGGCGGCCAGAUAAGCGUUGCUGAGGGGUGUGUGAAAAAUCGAUAUCUGAUUGGCUGAUCGACAAAAUGUGGGCGGAGUUGGCGACUGGUCAAUUAUUUUAAUUAAAUUAUGUGUGCAGCUCAUUGUAAACUCUUUUUAAUCCCGCUUUUCCUGCUUGAGCAUUUUCAUUUUACAUAUACAUAUUAUCCAACAUCGCUACCAAUGGGCAAUAUAAUUAAUUUAAAGAGAAAUAUUGAAUAUAAACAUUCCCAAUAAAUACAAAGGUACCACAUAUUUUCUAAUCGUCAUGAAUUUCUUGGAGCACAUACUAAUGCUAGGAAAUCUCAGUAAACAGCCUUAAUCAUUUGUCAUUGGUAUGUAACUGGUAAGGCUUGAUAGCAUACAGAGCAUAUUCUUAUAGAUGGCUUGAUGACAAACAGAUAUGUCUUCUAACCAUGUGUCCUAAUUAGUUCUACCCAAAAUGACACCAACUUCCUACUAAAUUCAGGCCAAAUAACAUCAUUUACAGAGCUUCAAAUAAUUGAUUUAGAAACAAGAAUCUAAUAAUAGCCUUAUCUAAACGUAUUACCCUUUGCAUGCUGGGAAAUUUGUGGUCUGCAAAAAUGUCAUCUGCUGAAUUUUUAAAAUUAGCAUUUUCUUCGAUUUUUUUCAAAGAAAACUAUCAGAAUUGCAAACAGUUUGGAUCCUGAUGAGACGCCACGUUCUGUGGCGUCUCAUCUGGAUCCAAACUGUUUGCAAAGGCCUUCAAAAUUCGGUUCCAGCACUGAAAGGGUUAAGCAUUUGCUGAACGUUUUUUUAAACUCUUAAUGCUGUGCUUUAGAAUAAACUGUGAACCGUCA